AUGUCCAACCAAGACUACUACAGCAACAGCGGCGGCGGCGCUCCCUACGGCGGCCAGCCCAACUACAACCAGGGCGGCUACAACGGCGGAGGCUACCCCCAACAGGCCCAGUACUCGUCUGGCUCCCAGCCCAACAAUUACAACCACAACAACAACGGCGGCGGCGGCGGCGGCGGCUACAACCAAGACUACAACAGCAACAGCAACAGCGCCGCGCCGCCCGGUGCCUACGGCCAGUCCCAGCCCAGCUACGCCCCGCAGCAGCCGUCCGGCAACUACAACAACAACCAGCCGCAGCAGAAUUACAACCAGGGCGGCCCCGGCGGCGCUCCCUAUGGCGGCCCCGGCGGCGGCGGCCCGGACGGGCCCAACGGCGAAAAGGGCCUCGGCGCUACGCUCGUAGGCGGCGGCGGCGCUGCGUUUGCUGCGCACAAGGCCGGCGCGGGCUUCCUCGGCUCGACCGGUGCGGCCAUUGCUGGCGCAAUCGGCGCCAACAUUCUCGAGCACAAGUUCAAGAAGCGUCGGGAUUGA